AUAAGAUUUCACACUCACACACAACACACACUAGAAAGUGACCAGAUGGGUCUCAUAAGCCCCAUGCCCUGUGCCUCCCUUUUCCAGCUCAAGGUCAUAUAAACCCCAUGUUCAAACUAGCCAUACUUCUCCACCACAGAGGCUUCCACAUAACUUUCAUCAACACCGACUACAACCACAACCGCCUGCUCAAGUCGCUAGGCCCGGCCGGCCUAGUCGGCACGUCCGACUUCCAGUUCGAGACAAUCCCUGAUGGCCUCCCGCACUCGGACGCCGACAUGACGCAGGACGUUCCAUCACUAUUCAUCUCAACCAAACACAACUGUCUAGCCCCGUUCCGCCAGCUUCUAGCAAAGCUUAACGCUAGCUCUUCUUCGCCACCGGUCACCUGCAUAGUUUCUGAUGCUAUAAUGACAUUUUCUGUCACUGCUGCCCGUGAAAUAGGAGUACCCGUUGUGUGUUUCAGAACGACUAAUGCCUGCAGCUUCUUGUGCAAUAAGUAUGUACCCCUUCUCAUACAGAAAGCCCUGCUACCACUUAAAGAUGCAAAUUCUUUAACAAACGGGUUUUUGGACACUUCUGUGGACUGCAUUCCCGGCCUGAAAAGCAUUAAGCUAUAUGAUCUUCCAACCUUUGUUCGGACUACGGACGUAAACGAUCCACUGCUGAAUUUUGUGUUGGGAGAAACGGAAGGAGCCUCAAGAGCAUCAGCUAUGAUUUUCAACACUUUUGAUGCCUUGGAGGCUGAUGCAUUGGCGGCCCUUAAUCCACUGUGUCCCCCAGUUUACGCCAUCGGUCCAGUGCAUGCGUGUGUCGACCAACUCCCGGAAAACAGCCUCAAGUCGAUGGAAACCAACCUCUGGAAACAAGAAUCCGACUGCCUACUUUGGCUCGACUCAAGGAAGCCAAAUUCGGUAGUGUACGUGAACUUUGGAAGCAUAACGACGUUGACGAAGGAACAGGUGACUGAAUUUGCACGGGGACUUGCUGAUAGUGGCAAAGACUUUCUCUGGAUAAUCAGAUCGGAUUCAGUUGUAGGUGGUAGCUCUGCGAUUUCAACGUUGCCGUCAGACUUUGUUGCUGAGACUAAAGAGAGAGGUCUAAUAUCAGGUUGGUGCCCGCAAGAAAAGGUGCUGAGCCACUGUUCUGUUGCGGCCUUUCUAACUCACUGUGGGUGGAACUCUGUGAUCGAGAGCCUGUGGAGUGGCGUCCCGAUGAUAUGCUGGCCGUUCUUCGCUGAUCAGCACAUAAACUGCAGGUUUACAUGCUCCGAAUGGGGCGUUGGCGUGGAAAUUGGUAGGAAUGUGAAACGAGACGAGGUGGAGAAGAUUGUGCGAGAGAUGGUUGGAGGCUUUGAGGGGAAGAAGAUGAAGCAUAGAGCAAUGGAGUGGAAGAACAAGGCGGAAGAGGCCGUUGGAGUUCAUGGCUCGACAUUCUUGAAUUUGGAGAGAUUGGUUAAGGAGAUCUUAUUGUCCAAGGUUGAUUAUGUUGUGUGAAAGUUACAGCUUAUGUUUCUUGAUGUGGUGUCCGAUGUUCUUGUUGAGCCUGUCUUGCCCUGUUUCUUGGGCCUGCACCUUUUGUCAAAUAUUAGCUUUGGAUAUUGUUCAUGCCAUCAGGUUGAAGUA